GGCAACAUUCUCGACGUCAUUAGCGCUCAGCGUCGACGGGACGUUGAAGAGGCGAGCCGACAGACGCCCACAGCGCAGCUUGAAGCACAACUGUCCUCGGCCCCAGCCGUUCUCGACUUUGCUGGUAACAUUGCCACCGACGUGGAUGUGCCACGUCAAGCCCAUGCCUAUGCUAGCGCAGGCGCAGCUACCAUCUCUGUCCUCACCGAGCCGACUUGGUUCAAGGGUACGCUCAAAGACAUGCGGGCUGCUCGUGAAGCUGUGGAAGGAAUGAGUGACCGCCCAGCGAUCCUGCGCAAAGACUUUCUCGUUGAUCGAUAUCAGGUGCUAGAGGCGCGUGUCUAUGGCGCUGACACGUGUUUGCUGAUUGUGGCCAUUUUGGAUGAUGCGACGCUCGGUGACCUCUUGGAAUAUGCGCGCUCCCUCGACAUGGAGCCACUCGUGGAGGUGGCCACGCCUACCGAACUGCAGCGGGCACUAGCCGUUGGAGCCAAGAUCAUUGGCAUCAAUAACCGCAACCUCAAGGAUUUUACCGUAAACAACGACACGACGCGGGCAAUCAUGGAGACAAUGGGCGGGGCGCGGCCCGAAGGGCUUUUAUUUUGUGCUCUCAGCGGCAUCAAAACCCGUGCCGAUGCCCAGGCUUACCAAAGCGUGGGGUGUGAUGCCGUGUUAGUUGGUGAAUCACUCAUGCGUGCCGCCUCUCCGGGAGCCCUCAUCCAGUCAUUGCGUGGCAUGGCUACCACGGAUCCCCUGGUGAAGAUUUGUGGUUUGCGGGAUGUGGAAACCACUGAUGCCACUCUUCGGCUGGGCGCCGACAUGGUGGGCUUGGUGUUUGCACCGAAGAGCAAGCGGCUAGUUGACGUGGCCACGGCCCGGAGCAUUGCUCAGCGCGUUACAAAAUCCCGCCACAGCGCACACGUGGCUGCGCUGCGCCAGCAAAUACUGGCAGCGCAGAGCGAAGAAAACGGGAUCGCUGCCUGGCAAGCUCGUGCGCAGCUCUUGCGCGAGAUGACGGCUCAUCGGCCCCUGGUGGUCGGUGUAUUUGCCAACCAGCCUCCGGCGGAGGUGAAGCGUAUCGCCGAUGAGGUUGGACUGGACGUGAUCCAACUAUCCGGCACGGAGGGCCUGGAUGCGGCCAAAGAUUAUGCGGGCUAUCUUGUGUGGAAGGCUGUGCAUGUGGGAGCAGGCGACACGGGCGAGUCUUUGCUUUCGGCAGCAGAGGCGAUACCAUCUGCUUCUCGAGCCCAUGCGUUACUACUCGACACUAAAUCUCCGCUGGCGCUUGGCGGAACCGGUGGGUCGUUUGAUUGGGACAUUGCAGCCAACCUGGCCAAAUUGGGCAUGCCCUUCUUCCUAGCCGGUGGCCUGGAUCCCGCCAAUGUGGCGCAAGCCGUUACAAAGGUACAACCCAUGGGAUUGGAUGUGAGCUCGGGGGUCGAGGCGGAUGGUGUCAAGAGCCUUGACAAGAUUGGUGCUUUUGUGCGGGCCGCCAAG